GGCCCGGCAGUAGCAGGAGCAUGGCCCGGCAGUAGGCAGGAGCGCUCCGCCGCCCGCCGCUCCCGGCGGCAGCCCCGCCGCGCCCCGUCCGUCCUAUGCGACCCGCCCCGGCGCCAAGAUGAAAGACGACUUUGCAGAGGAGGAGGAGGUGCAGUCCUUCGGCUACAAGAGGUUUGGUAUUCAGGAGGGGAGCCAAUGUACCAAGUGUAAAAACAACUGGGCACUGAAGUUCUCAAUCAUCUUAUUAUACAUUUUAUGUGCCCUGUUAACAAUCACAGUAGCCAUUCUGGGAUACAAAGUUGUAGAAAAAAUGGACAAUGUGACAGGUGGCCUGGAAACAUCCCACAGAAGAUACACAGAAAAGCUCACAGAAGUGGAGAGUGAUCUGAAGAAAUUAGAUGACCAAGCUGGACAAAAAGCCUUGAAUACUAACACUGAACUGUCCAGCUUCAGAUCUGACAUUCUGGCUCUUCGUCAGCAACUUCAUGACAUUGCAGAGAAAACUACCAGAAACAAAGAUACACUGGAGAAGCUGCAAGAGUCUGGAAAUUUAUUAGAUGAUAGACAGAACCAAAUGAAAAGUGCCUUAGAUAGUAACUCUUUAAUGAUCAGCAGUGUCAAUAAGACUCUUCAGGCAUAUACUGGCUAUAUUAACGAUCUUCAACAAGACACAAGUAAUAUACAAACAAACCUGCAAAGCCAAGAGCAUUCUCAUAAUGUGAUCAUCAUGAGCCUGAACAACUUAAACCUGACUCAAAUACAGCAAAGAAAUCUAAUCAGUGUCUUACAGAAGUCAAUGGAAGAUACAAGCUCAGCUAUUCUAAGAAUCAGGAAUGACUUUCAAAAUCUGCAGCAGGUUAUCCUUCAGGCCCGGAAGGACACUGACUGGCUUAAGGAGAAAGUACACAAUUUACAGGCUUUGGCUGCCAACAACUCAGCAAUGGCAAAAGCCAACAAUGAUACACUUGAAGACAUGAACAAUCAGCUCAGCUCCUUCAGUGGGCAGAUGGAGAACAUCACCACAAUCGCCCAAGCCAACGAACAAAGUCUAAAGGAUCUCCAGGAACAGCAUAAAGGAGAUGAAAACAGAACUGCUGCAAAAUUCAGCCAUCUAGAAGAAAGGUUCCAGGUCUUUGAAACCGAUAUAGUCACUAUCAUCAGCAACAUCAGCUACACUGCUCAUCACCUACGGACACUGACGAGCAAUCUCAAUGAGGUCAGGACGACUUGUACGGACACCUUAAGUAAACACUCGGAUGAGCUGAUUUUUAUGAACAGCACACUAGCCAAUAUUCGCAUAGACUCUGCAUCUCUCAAGGUGCAACAAGAUUUGAUGAGGUCAAGGUUGGAUGUUGAAGUUGCCAAUUUGUCAGUGAUCAUGGAAGAAAUGAAGUUGGUGGAUUCCAAACAUGGCCAGCUUAUCAAAAACUUCACUAUUCUACAAGGCCCUCCUGGUCCAAGGGGACCUAAAGGUGACAGAGGCCCUCAAGGUCCUCUUGGCCCUGCUGGCCUAAAAGGACAAAAGGGAGACAGAGGAGAGCCAGGACCACCAGGACCUGCGGGUGAGAAGGGCCCACCCGGGCCAGCCGGGCCACCAGGAGAAAAAGGAGGGAAAGGUUCAAGAGGAUCACCUGGCUCCAAAGGUCAGAGAGGUUCUCCUGGCAAGACAGGUCUGCCUGGACCAAAUGGAGACCCAGGGCCACCAGGGCCACCGGGCAAGGAUGGUCCACCAGGGCCCCAAGGCCCACCAGGAUUCCAAGGCCUGCAAGGAACAGUGGGAAGCCCAGGGUUACCAGGACCACGAGGAAUAACUGGACUACCUGGAGUCCCUGGGCUGCCUGGUCCCAAGGGCCCACCUGGCCCACCAGGGCCACCAGGUCCAGGGAUGCCAAUGGCACUGCAGAGUGAACCUAUGCCCGAACCCGAGGCUAAUGGUUGUUCUCCCCACUGGAAGAACUACACAGAAAAGUGCUACUACUUUUCAGUUGAAAGAGAAAUCUUUGAAGAGGCAAAGUUAUUCUGUGAAGAGAAAGCAUCGCGCUUGGUUAUCAUCAACAACAAAGAGGAGCAGCAAUGGAUAAAAAGGCAGAUUUUUGGGAAAGGCAGCUUCUGGAUUGGACUAACAGAUUCAGAGAAGGAAAACGAAUGGAGAUGGUUGGAUGGAUCCUUACCAGUUUACACAAACUGGAAAACCGGGCAGCCUGAUAACUGGAGUCAUGGGCACGGGCCAGGGGAAGAUUGUGCUGGGUUGAUCUAUGCUGGGCUCUGGAAUGACUUCUACUGUGAAGAUGUUAACAAUUUCAUUUGUGAAAAAGACAUGGACAAAGGGCAAAUUCUUGGAGUGUAAUAGGCUGUGACUUUACAGAUACCUUCAUAUUAAGGAAAUUUAUGUAAAGAAGAAGAAAGUCUUUGGAAAGAGCAACACUGACUUCCGAAAUCGAAAAAAAAUAUGAAAACAGAAAAAAAGCAAGCACUGAAAACUGAUUUAAAAGCAUCAAGGAAUUCAGCAGUAACUCUUCUCCAGCAUCCUGCAAUUAUUUAAGGCCUUUCGACCCUCAGCGUCAGGAAAUACUGUUGGACUAAUUCUGUUUUAGAUUUUCUUCCCAACCAGUAACCACAUCCAUAAACAGUUUGUGUCUUCUGAGAAAAGACAUUCUGUCAAUCUGAGUAAGAAUGUUGGUCACUCAUAUAGAAAAACAUACAAAGCAACUGUGUAAACAGUCGCUUCAUUUGCUAAAAUCCCAAAUGUAGGAAAAUUAUACAGAUACACAAAUAUAUAGAUUUUAUAUAAAUAUAUAUAUAUAGUCCAACUCUUAUCAAUAAUAUGGAAUAUACUUUUAAGAGCUUUUAAAACUUUGUAUUUUUGUACAAAAUAUUUGCUUUUUACAAUUGUUCUCUUUUUUACUGACUUUUUUUACAAAUAUAGUGCACAGGGGCCAAAGAAAACAAUAAAGGUACUAAUAAUUCAUUAAGGUUUGCUGUCAGGCCUAGCUCAGCUAUAGAGAAAUAUUUUUCCAGUUAGAAAUAUUUUUACUUUCCCAGAUGAUUUGUUCUGGUUAAAUAACUUUUAAAGCAGAUUUUAGAUAGUGUUUUCCUUACUGUAUGCAGUCUAGUCUGCAUGUGUAACAAUUAAGUUGACUAAGGACUAGAUACUCAUUAUAGCUCUGAUCACAGCCAGUGUUUCAUCAGGGUACUAUGGAAAUAUAAUUUUAAUAAAAGCUUCUCUUUCCUUCCUUCCUUCCUUCCUUCCUUCCUUCCUUCCUUCCUUCCUUCCUUCCUU